GGGCAGGCAGAGCUGAGCGGGCGCUUCGGGGUGGUCAGAGAGCCGGGGGCUCGGGGGACUGCAGCCGCCUCUGCUGUGGGGGGCGGGAGCCAGCGAGCGAGUGACGUGAGCCGACCCCGAAGCCUGGGGCCGGGGCCCAGCGCAGCGCGAGCCCUCCCAUCUCUCUCUCUCUCUUACACACACACACACACGCACGCCCGCGCCCCCUCCGGAUCCGCGCACAUAACGAUCUUUGGAAUUGAACUGAAUUUUGAAAUCCCUCUUCAAUUAAGAUGGCACCAGCAAUUGGAGGUCCCCAGGGGUAUACCCCACCAGAAGGAGGCUGGGGAUGGGUCGUGGUUAUUGGAUCUUUCAUCUCUAUUGGCUUCUCUUAUGCAUUUGCCAAAUCAAUUACUGUAUUCUUCAAAGAGAUUGAAGUCAUCUUUAAUGCCACUUCUAGUGAAGUCUCAUGGAUAUCUUCCAUCAUGUUGGCUGUUACAUAUGGAGGAGGUCCCAUCAGCAGUAUCCUGGUGAAUAAGUAUGGCAGCCGGCCAGUAAUGAUGUUUGGUGGCUUACUAUCAGGAUGUGGUUUGAUCGCUGCUUCAUUUUGUAAUACUGUGCAAGAGCUAUACUUUUGUGUUGGAGUCAUUGGUGGUCUUGGACUCUCCUUCAACUUAAAUCCGGCUUUAACCAUGAUCGGCAGAUAUUUCUACAAAAAGCGUCCAUUGGCAAAUGGGUUGGCCAUGGCAGGGAGUCCUGUGUUUCUCUCUACACUGGCACCUGUAAAUCAGAUUUUCUUUGGUAUUUUUGGCUGGAGGGGCAGCUUCUUAAUUCUCGGGGGUUUGCUACUAAACUGCUGUGUGGCUGGAUCUCUUAUGCGACCAAUAGGACCCAAACCAGGUGCAGCGACAAAAGAAAUAUCUAAAGAAACUCUACAGGAAAUGGGGAAGUUGGACUCAAAAAAAGGUGCUGGUGAUGCAAAUACAGAUCUUAUUGCUGGGAGCAGUAAGCCAGAGAAGCGUUCUGUCUUCCAGACAAUUAAUAAGUUCCUAGAUUUUUCCCUGUUCAAGCAUAGAGGCUUUUUACUGUACAUCUCUGGCAAUGUGUUGAUGUUUUUUGGAUUAUUUACUCCCUUAGUUUUUCUGAGUAAUUAUGCCAAGAGUAAGCAUAUAUCUAAAGAAUCUGCUGCCUUUCUGCUCUCCAUUUUAGCUUUUGUUGACAUGGUAGCCAGACCCUCUAUGGGACUUGUAGCCAACACAAAGUGGGUGAGACCUCGAGUGCAGUAUUAUUUUGCUCUCUCAAUAAUCAGUAAUGGUAUAUGCCACCUGUUGGCACCUUUAUCCACCAGUUAUGCUGGGUUUUGUGUCUACGCGGCAUUCUUCGGAUUCGCAUUUGGCUGGCUCAGCUCAGUAUUGUUUGAAACACUAAUGGACCUUGUUGGAACCCAGAGAUUCUCCAGUGCUGUGGGUUUGUUGACGAUCAUGGAGUGCGGUCCUGUCCUCCUGGGGCCACCGCUUUUAGGUCGUCUCAAUGAUAUGUAUGGAGACUAUAAAUACACUUAUUGGGCUUGUGGCAUCAUCCUGAUCGUGUCAGGCAUCUACCUCUUUAUUGGUAUGGGCAUCAAUUACCGCCUUUUGGCAAAAGAACAAAAAGCAGAAGAGGAACUGAAAAAGGAAGGAAGAGAGGAAGAAACAAACAUAGAUAACACUGAGAAGCAGAAAGAAGCCAAUAAGGCCGUGGAGUCUGCCCAACAAAAACCCCCAGAAGAAGGCCCCAAAGAGGAGGAAAAUCGUAUUUAAGACUUCGGUACUGCAGAGGUGGAGAGAGAGAGAAAGGAGAGCCAAAAAUGGUCUCCUGGCUGACUGGUUCCAGUGGUGCUUAAUGCAGAAAAGGGUGUUUCUGUGUAAAAUUGUACCAAGUGUUCCAUGAAACUUCUCAAUUUUGAGUUUUUUCCUUUUCCGUUUUAUUAAAUUACAAAUUACAAACUAAAUUACAAACUAAAUCUGCCAUACUUUGCAAGAGGGGAGUAAGGAUGAGGGAAGAAGCUAGUUUUUACAUAUUGGAUUUUAAUAGUGACUUGAAGAUCCUUAUGUGCCUUAAAUGUUUGUCUGUAGACCUCAUAAAAGCCUUAACUUUUUAAAUAGUUUAGUUUUAUUUUGUCUUUAAAAUUAUAUCUUUUUUAAAAAAUCAGGCAACAAACAUACCUGGAAGAAAAAUACACAAAACCCCAUGUGAUGAGUGUUGAUCCUGGUCUGAAACUAACCUUGCCUGCUUCGUGGUACUUUGGUCAUAUCCUGCUGGCUCGUUAUCCCAGGGAGCUGUGUUGGAACAACUGACUAGAGCUUUGAAGUUAUCUUUCACUGUUAAAAUUUUUCCUUGUAUAAAUUAUUUGCCUCCCAUCCAUAUUUUCUAACUGUCUCUAUGAGUCAGAACAUAGUUCUAAAAAGCAUUUUUCCUUUAAUAUGACUUAUUCUCAGUGCCCCUCAUUUUUUUUUAUUAUUUUUCCCUGGGAUGGUAAUUAGAAGCUAAAAAUGCUCAUGGGUAUUCUUUUUAGAACACUAUUAUUAAAACUUACUCCACUGUCUUUUAGAAGUGUAAAGUGGGUACUUUUAACUCUUUAUUGUACAUUAGCCCCACUUUUGAAAUCAUUUGGUAUUAUUUUCCUUUUUUAAUAUUAGAAAGUAGAGUGGUUGGGUUUUUGUUCUUUUUUAAACAAGUCUCUGUCUUUGGGCGGCCUCAGUAAACAUUCUGAAUUCCAUUAAAGGUAGAGUGGCAUUUGAAAUGACUGAAUUUAGCUCAGGUUGUUUUUUUUUCCCCAAAAUCCCAGUUAGUGAGGUUAUUGGAAGCAUUUUUUUUUGGCAACUUUGCUUUUCCUCCAUUCGUACUGGUCGCCUUUUGCUCUGCUCUGAGCUUUAAACAUGUGUAAGGUUUUAUUUUGUUUGAAAGUUUUUCUAUGUUUGCAUACUAAACCAGGCCAGAGGAAUUUGGCCCCUGUAGACUGACUAUUCAGGAGAAGGUGGGAGGGAACUUGCUGCUGUACUUAAUACUCAGUGAAGACUUUCACUGUCUUUCUCAUUAGACCUUAAAGCAAAUUAAGAUAAUUAGUCAGAAACAAUUAGAUUUAUUCUCUUCCCAACAGAAACCUGAAGAAUUUAUGAGCCUAUUUAUUUACUUCAAGGUAGAGAAUUGGAGGUUGAGGAGAUGGGGGGAGGAAAGGUGAGGGAAAAGAGUUUUCCCUAAAGUCUUGUAUACCGGGUGGAAAGAAGAGACUGAUAAAAAGCAUUCAGUGAAUAGAGUUAACAUAGAGUAAGUGACAUAGCGAAAGUGCUGAUCCAAAACCUUGUAAAAAGCUUACUUUUCCAAAUAAAUAUUUUUAAAAAUUCAUUCACCACACUCAGAUUUGUCUGUAGGAACCUGAGUCUUUUCAUUUUUUUGUAGCCAAGUUCCAGAGUGUCACUUGUCAAUAUUAAACCAAAUCGUGCCAGCUUUUAUGUGCCUUGGAGAUGUGUGUACGUGGUUGGUGUCCUUCAUUUUUUUCAUUCUCUGCUCUCCUUGUUUUAAGGCAGGCAGACAAGCACAUUUUUUUUAACUUCCUCUCUUACUUGAACAGCAUUCAGAUCAUUUAGACUUCAGGGAAAGAUGCAGAAGUCCUUUUCAAGUAAAAUGUGCUUGGUGUAUGGUUAUCCUCCACCCCCAGAAUGUGUUGAGAACCAAAAUGUAAUUGGCUGAAUGUGGUAUAAUUUUUGUUAGAAUUUAUAAAAAAUGAAGAGGCUGGGGGAAAGCGGAAGCUCUGUGGAAAGAGGCACUUGAUACGUUCUGCAAGCAGAGAGAAGAGUUACAUAGCCAGAUAACAAAAACGAUAGCAUUUCUGUGUAAGUUCCCAGCAUCUUGUAACAGAAGGGGCCUUGGAGAUCAUCCUGUCAAGUACUCUCCUUUUAAGGACACAGAAAGGGAGUCUCCCAAAGCUGGGUGGUUCAGGCUGCAAGUUGGUUGGAAUGUUGGAACAAGGACCAGGUCUCCUAUCUCUCUUCCCAUUGCACCACAUCUCCUGUUCCUCUUGUUGACCAGUUACUGCUUUGAUGUAGGUCAUGCAAACAGAGGCUGCUGAUGCUUUCUGUCCCACUGUGGAGGCUUUUGAAUGAAGCAAGUGUAGGAAUUAAGUCAUCAUUGCAUUUGACAGACUAUUGCCUAUGGCUUUAAGAGAACAGAUAUGUAUGUAUGCGGAGUCUAUUUGUCUGCUUCAUCCUUCUCUCCCCGCCCCCCCCCCCACCUCUCCAUAUUUCUUCAUAAACCAUAGAAAAAAGGCAGAUUUAUUUGUAGUUGCAGUGCCAACUUAAAGACAAAUCCCAGGAGCUUCAUUUUUGGCAGUGCUUUCAUCUCCGUGCCUAAGUUGGGGAUCCAGUUACCUGUAAAAUGCCAGUAAAGUUUGUAAACUUAAAAAAAGUAAAGUGGAAAUUAGUCAAGGGUAGAAUCUGUCACCUAAGGCGUAAAGGAUUUGGGGAAAAUUCAUCAUUUUAUUUUACUGAAUGACUGUUGAAUUUAAUAGAAAUAAAGGCAUUUUCUCACAGGUUUCAAACUUUGACAAAUUAUACUAAAUUCUGAAAUUUGGGAUUUUCUAGAAAUUCGCUAUGAGAAAAUGGCCAGUAUAAAUUUAUUAAGUUGUACAAAAAAUUAUUUAGGAAAAGAUAAGAAAAAAAUUAUGAAAAAUCCAGAGAUGUUCUUAUAUUAAGUGACCAUUCCUGAAAAUUUUAAGCUUGACCCAGAGAUAGUAUUAAAUGGUGUAAUGUGAAUAAUUAUCUGUUUGGUCUUGAUGGCUGACUGGGUUACUAGUUACACGUGUACUGUAUUUAUAUAUAUAUAUAUGUGUGUGUGUGUGUGUAUUUUUAUCAUUGUUGUCUUCCUAAAUUUUACAAAAGGAAAAGGACAAUGUGGGUUAGGGUAUUUGCUUUUUAAAGCCAUUUAAUGUUUUGUAUGAAGCAGUGUUUUAUCGUAUUGAAUUUUGAACUUGUAAACUAGGUAUCGAUUUUAUGUUUUAGUUCCAAGUAUUCAGGUUUAUUUCUCCCUUAGUAAAUGGUUCACACAGUACAAUAAACUUAGCAAUAAUUAGUA